GUCCACUUCAUUUGUAUCAUAAAGCACCGCCAGUAAGUCCUUGUUGGGGCACCACCGGAGCAGCUUGAUUGCUUGGUGGAAGCUUUCGUCAGUCCAGGUCUUGAAGGUUAUCAUUGCAAGGUGAUGGACGGAAAAUGGCUGGAAAGCUUGAACGCGUCCUACUAGAGGUUGAGCAUGGUUGGUCCCAGCCGCCGUCACCAUCCGUCUUGACAGCAACCCGAAGACAUGGCAAGCCCCCGUUCGAUAAACGUACUUUACUUCGCCGGUGCGAAGGAUGCAUCGGGGGUCACGGAGGAGAUUUUCGAGAUACCCCCAGGGCAAGAAACCAUUAGAGUACCACAGUUGAUACAAGCUCUUAGUAACAAACAUCCACCCCUGCUGAAAGUAUUCGAGGCGGCUAUAUUGGCCGUGAAUAUGGAGUAUGUAGAUCGGGACGGGAAGUUGACUGAAGGGGAAGGGAACCGGAUUGUAGAAGUCAAGGCGGGGGAUGAAGUCGCAAUCAUACCGCCUUUGAGCGGAGGUUAAGCCUGCUAUCCAUAAAUAAACAUAUCAUAGGUGGAGUGGGGAGACUGUCAAGACCGUGUAGCUCAAGAUACUCCUCAGACUGCUGUGGAAUGGGUACAUAAUCAAGCUGGCCAGAACUGCCUUUAUUAGAUUGCUUUGUCAUUCCUUAUGCCACAUCUCAUCAUCAGCUCCCUUUGAAGGACAGUCGCCGAGUCUAACUGGCUAUACCCUAAAGAACUUCCUGACGCCGCCAGACUUUGACUGAGGGAGCCCCUCAUAGAGCUCCUAUGGAAGGAUUCCGACUCAACACCUGCUCCUGGUGGACUUCGGUGACGUGAUAACCGGCUGAACCGUCCAGUUGAGGGACCUCCUUCCACCACGGACGUCAACUCAACGGCUUUGCCUCCAACGUUGAGUAGACUGAAGGACGGGAGUUAGCCGGGACAGUAGU